GAUCAUUAGUAUAAUUGGUUUAAUCUACUAUUAUUUGACCCGUAAUUUGCAUUUCGGGACAUCACUUGGCAUACCUGGACCCAAACCGCUGCCAAUUAUCGGCACUUAUUAUCAAAAUUUUACAAAACCUAUUCAAGACGUGUUUGUCGACAAUGUUAAACAAUAUGGAAAAAUAUAUUGUGAUUACUUUGGAUCGAUGCCAAUGGUGAUGAUAGCGGAUCCACAMUUGAUUAAAGAUAUUAUGAUAAAAGAUUUUCAUUUGUUCACCAAUAGAGACGAUUUAAUCACUGGCGACAAACUGACCGAUAGAUCACUGUUUAAUCUUAAAGGAAAUGAAUGGAAAAAUAUGCGAUCAAUUAUAACACCAACCUUUUCGUCGGGCAAAAUGCGUUCAAUGCAUCCAAUAGUCAACGAUUGUAUCAAACGAUUGGAUGAAAAUUUUGAAAAACAAUUGACAAAUAAAUUGAUGGCCGAAAUAGAGAUCAAAAAAUUGAUGUCUAGUCUGACUAUGGAUGUGAUCGCUUCGUGUGCUUUUGGGACCAAAAUCGAUACCUAUGGACAACAAAGAAAUGAAUUYCUAAUAAACGCUCAAAAAGUUAUCACUCAGUCUUGGCGUACAUUWAUYUUCUUCUUUACCGUUACAUUGUUUCCCAAAUUGAUUCAAUGGACAGGAUUUACGGUUAAUCACCCGAAUGUUAAUAGAUUUUUCAGGACAGCUAUCCGAUCUAUAAUCAGUCGCCGAAAGACAGAAAGUAUUAAAAGUAAAGAUUAUUUGCAACUCAUUUUAAAUGCUCAGAACAAAACACUGGACACCACUGACGACAAAGAUAUCGGUGGUGAUAAUAAUGAAGAAAUUUAUGGAUCAAUUGGUGACAAACAAAACACUAUUGUUAAGCCCAAGAUUGAUAUCACCGAAGACGAUGUUCUGGCUUCUAGUUUGUUGUUUAUUAUCGCUGGCUAUGAAACUACCGCUUCGUUGUUGACAUUAAUGACAUACAGUUUAGCGAUGAAUGACGAGUGUCAACAAAAAUUGUACGAAGAAAUCAAACAAUUUGAUGGCAACUAUACCUAUGAGUCCAUCUCAAAGAUGCCAUAUCUUGAGGCGUGUAUUGCAGAAACACUUCGUAUUUACAAUCCAUUGGUUUCCGUCAAUAGAAUGGCUGCUGAAGAUUAUAAAUUGGGCGAUACCGGCAUAACUUUACCAAAGAAAACUAUUGUUAGCGCAAACAUUCAAUAUAUACAUCACAGUCCCGAAUAUUAUCCCGAACCCGAUCGUUGGGAUCCCGAAAGGUUUAUGCCCUACAAUCGGGAUAAGUUAGUUCCCUAUACUUAUAUGCCGUUUGGUUUGGGUCCCAGAAAUUGUGUGGGAAUGAGGUUUGCAUUGAUGGAGGCAAAGACAGCCACAGCCUAUUUGGUCAAUAAAUACCGAUUUGUGCGGACAAACAACACUCCCGAUAAACUAAAACCCUUGAAAAUGCAAGUUUUGUUUAAUUGUGGAGAAAUUAAAAUAGGAAUCAAACAUAGAGUUUAA